AAAAAUUGACAUGUCAAAGCUUUUUUCUGGUUUUUAUACGAUUUUUCAGUAAAAUGAAACGACACUAUAUUCUUUUUAUAUUCUUUGAACAUUACGUUACGUGUAUUCUACUUCCCAUUUAAAAUUGUCAAUUCUUUUACUACUCCCUAAAAACACCACGUUAAAAUUCAAACAAAAAGCAGAAGCGUGCGAAUGGCACUUAAGAGCCAUUCCCCUGGAAUGGGGAAGAGGUAAAAGGCGCCAAUGAAUUUGCCGCUAAAAGCGGAACGAAAAACGAGAAACGUGAAAGAAGGCAGAGAGAUCUCCAAAAAAACGUGAAAAAUAAAGUGCUUGUGCUGGCUAAAGCCAAAGUUAAAUCGUAGAAAACCCGAAAUAAAGACAAUUAGCGGUGUCCCAUGGCCAGCAAGCGGCUGAUGCUCGACUUCGAGGUAGGCGAAGAAGGAGAGACAGAGAAGGCAUGCGACCAGGUGGAUGACAACCAGGAGGACGUGGCCCCGCAGGCAGCCAAGCGGCUGAAGGGGCCACUGGGAACACCGCUGCAGCGCCUGCUCAAGUCCGGCGGCUCCAUCCUUUCGCCAAUCACGGAACUGUCACAAAAUAUGCGUGGUGCGUGCCUGGAAGCCGGUGGCGGUGGCACGCCCAAGUCUACCCAGAGAAGCCUUCACAACACUUCGUCCAGGGCCUUAAGCAGCUUCAAAAGCACAUCGUCAAGGACCUUAAGCAGCUUCAACAGCUACGACUCGGGCAACUCGCUCGACGACGAGUACAUGGCCAUGUUUGAGCUGGAGGAGGGCGAGGAUCAACAGCAGGACCUGCCCGGCAACCUGGAACUGCUCAUUAGCGGUCAACUGAAGGCUGAGCAGCAGCAACAACAUUCCGAAAAAGCGGAGUCACAAAAGCGAUCAUUGCGUCGUUGUCUGAGCACGUUUCCCAGCGAGGACGAGGAUCAGGGAAAGGUGCAAGGUCCCAACUCGUCCACGAAGAAGCUCCAGCGUAAGACGCUUUCCAUGAACGAUGCUGAGAUAAUGACGGCCUUAGGUGACGAGCCGGAACUAAUCGGGGAUUUAAGCAGGCCAUGUGCCCUGCCCUGUUUGUUAACCGGCACCAGGCAUCGCGAUUUGAAAACCAUUUCCAGCGAUACACUGGCCCGUCUGAUCCAGGGCGAGUUCGUGGACCAGCUGGGCACCGGCGGUGGCUACCAGAUCAUCGACUGUCGGUACCCGUACGAAUUUUUGGGCGGACACAUACGUGGUGCUCGCAAUCUCUAUACACGUGGCCAAAUUCAGGAAGCAUUUCCCAGCUUAGCGCACACUAACGGGGAGCAGCGUCGCAUCUAUGUUUUCCACUGCGAGUUCUCCUCGGAGAGGGGACCAAAGCUCCUGCGCUUCCUGCGCAACAACGAUCGCAGCCAUCACGCAUCCACCUAUCCGACUCUGGACUAUCCGGAGCUGUAUCUGCUGCACAACGGUUACAAGGACUUCUACGGCUCGCACGCCGACCUAUGCGACCCGUGCCACUAUGUGCCCAUGCUGUCACCGGCUCACAACGAGGAGUUUCGUUACUUCCGGGCCAAGACCAAGUCGUGGCAGAGCGGCGAGGGCGAUGGCGGCGACAGCGGCAUCGGUGGCGGAAGCACCCGCCCUUUACGCAAGUCACGAUCUCGCCUGCUUUAUGCCGAUGGAGAUGCUUAAAGCUCAGUGAUUUAGGGAUUAAGAAGGAUUAUCCGAUCUCACACAAAGUUAUUUUCUUAUUGGAAUUAAUGGUUUCGUUUCGUUGCGUUUUUUUUUUCAAAUGUUGAAGACUAUAUUUAAUGUUAUUUCAUUUCUUUAAGUUUAAGUGUCAGUCCAGUGAGAGCAAAAACGAGAAACUGCAAAAAUGUCUAGUCGGCUCAAAAUUAUAAUAUUAAAAUUAUUUCUCGUUUA